AUGUGUCGGUUUGGUGCCUUUAUCAUCCAAGUUAAUCCUAAAGGCGUUAUAGGGCGCAGGAAUUUGGAAGGUGGUUGGAUCGAAAGCAUACAGGAGGAACAGGAAACUAGUGGCGGCGCGGUCACACCGCAUGGCUUGGCUUGCAUAAGAUGGAGGCCCAUUGAAACCACGUCGACGGUGGAUUUGUAUGUCUGUUUAAACCGCUGCUCCGCUGUUGUAAAGACGCCGACACCAUCGCCGCAGCAAAUGUCGUCGCCCCUGUACCUUGAAAGAGGACAUGCUGUGGUGGGAGGCCACCUCUUCUCGCCUCUGCCACAAAAGCGGAUUUUAGGCGACUCCCUGAUGCAGGAAUCGCGCAUCUUGCCGUGUGACCGCGAUGCUCACAUUGGGAGCUCUUUUACUCGCAAAAUGAAAGACGUCGAAUCCACCUUAACCUCAUCCUACGUCGAAACUGAUAGUGUUAUCUCAUCAUGCAUGCUUACAUCAGAGAGUUUUUACGGACAGACCGAAACGCCGAUACAUCGGUGCGGCGCAAACCCUAACAACGAGUCCUUUUUACUGGAGGGUGUGGAAGAAGCUGCUGGAGAAAAACUACCACAACUAAAGCCUGAUAAAGCUCCAGUGAAUGAUUUGUCCCCGCCCAAGCUGCGGAAGCACAAUGUUAAUUGGGGAGACAGGGAUUCAAUUAGAUUUUCAAUUGAAUAUCCUAAGUCAAUGGCCGCAGAGCUCACCCCCAAAGUUAUUGAGAAGGUCAAAACUUUAAGUUACUUUAAAAUAUGUUUUGGAACUGAAUUCUCUGACGAUGACGACGAGGAGGAAAGCGAUGAUCAGUCGCUGGAAGAAAGAAACACUGCCAACGCCGCUACGAAAAUCAAUGGAAAUGAUCUCACCUCUUCCAUGACCAGCUUAUCCAUUGUGACGCCAAAGAAGUCGCUGGUUAGGGUUUGCUUUCUUUCGGCUGCAACUUCAAAAUUGAUCGGUGGAAUCGAAACUGAAGAUGGCAUGCUAUCACCACGGUCCCUUGCAAACCUUUCACUUCCUCAGAUUCAGCUUAUUGUCAACGACUUGCACAACCGAAUAAGUGAAAAAAACCUUGAACUUAUGAAGGAACUGCCUAUUCGUGACGAUUUAAAUCUCGAAAAGGAGGAGAAAAAGGCGUAUCUGGACAGAUGUGCUAUGCAAUAUCGUACGAGCAGUUAUCAUUCAGCGGAGCCCUACCACAUUUCGCCCCUCCGCCCGAAUAACUUGGCAUUCGCAGACGCAUUUAACCCCAAUCCUGAGUACCGAUAUCCCUUCAAUUCACCACCCCUACGCGCGUCCUUUGACAGCAGCCAUUGCGUCAUACCGAAAGCAGAAAUCCCAAUCACCACUCCCACGACUGUGGGCGCGCGUCUGAAAACAUGCAUCACUCGAUUCUUUGGCUCUCGCCGCUCACACCAGCCCCAGUCCUCACCCUGUAUUGAUGUCAAUCUAAAGUAA